UACGCAGCCUUGGAUGCCCAGGUAUCCAUCGCCCUGUUCUUCCACCUGCUGGGCCUCUACUCCGACACCACGCCCUCACCUGACAGUGGGAGUGGCUAUACCCAGCUGGCCAAUCGCUGCCAGGGCCUGAUAGACACACCCUUCAGGGAGAGGGGUGAGGGGGAGGAUGGCGAGAGGAGACGGAAGAGUAAGAAGCUCCGACAGCCUACUUUGGAAAGCUCGGAGAUUGGUGACCAGCAAGUACCAGACCCCAGAAAGAACAACGAGAGGAAACCGCUCGGUUACUCUGCUAGGAAGUCCCCUCUUUACGACAACUGCUUCCUCCAUGCCCCGGACGGAGAACCCCUCUGUACCUGCGACAAGAGGAAGGCCCAGUGGUACAUGGAUAAAGGACUAGGAGUGUUGCAGAGUGACGAGCCCUUCAUCGUGCGUCUCUUGUUUGAGCCGUCGGGACGUCCAGAGUCCCAGCAGGACUACUACCUGACUGCCAAGAAGAACAUAUGUGUGGUGUGUGGCAAGAACGAGUCUUAUAUCAGAAAGAACAUCGUUCCUCACGAGUACAGACAACACUUCCCCAUGGAGAUGAAGGACCACAACUCCCAUGACGUCUUGCUGCUGUGCACUUCCUGUCACGCAGCCUCCACCGUGCACGACGGCUUCCUGAAGCAGCAGCUGGCUGAUGAGCAUGGCGCUCCCCAGGGGUGUGAGGAGGGCGUGCGCCUCCUGGAGGACUCUGACCGCAGGAGGGUUCGUUCUGCAGCCCGCGCCCUGCUCACCGUGGGGGAGGGGCUUCCAGAGGUCAGGAGAGAUGAGCUGCAGAAGGUCAUAAGGUGCUUCUUCAACGACACCGACAUGGAGCUGAGUCCUGAGACACUUCAGAGGGCUGCAGACCUGGAGACGAGGAUCCUCAAUGAGAGCUACGUUCCCCACGGGCUGAAGGUGGUGAAGGUGAAAGCCGAGCAGGGCCUGAAGGGAUUAAUGGUGCUGGAGAGCCGCUGGAGACAACACUUCCUGUCUACCAUGACACCUCGCUACCUUCCUCCUCACUGGUCUGUCAGCCACAACCACGACAAGUUACUACGCAAGUAA